AGUAGUUAGUUGGAUUUCGUUUCAACUGAAAGAUGCACUUGUUCGCCAUGCAGGUACUGCUACCGAUCCUGGAACUCCUGGCCUUGGCCGGAUCAGCCUUUAGCGGAGUGCACGAGGUUCACGACGUAUUACAGCUGGCUGGUCAGAAAGCUAACAAGGCGAGGUUCUCCACGGAUGUGGCCACCGGCAAGUACACCCCGCCGGAGGAGAUGAACCCGCAAUUCUGGUACAAUAUCGCCGACGAGGAAAUUGCCAAGCGACUCCUUUUACCCCAGCCCAAUGCCAAGAAGGCCAAGAACGUCAUUAUGUUCCUGGGCGAUGGAAUGCCUCUAGCCACAGUCACAGCUGCUCGUAUACUGAAAGGACAACGCCAGGGAAAAACUGGAGAGGAAUCCUCGCUGAGCUUCGAGCAAUUUCCGUAUUCGGGCUUGAGCAGAACCUACUGCGCGAACGCCCAGGUUCCCGACUCGGCCUGCACUGCCACGGCUUAUCUUUGCGGCGUGAAAACCAACAUCAUUAAUAUUGGAGUAAGUGCCGCUGUGAACUUCAACAACUGCACCGCCAGCCAGGAUCCGGCCAACCGCCUGACCUCCAUCGCUGAAUGGUCACAGAAGGAGGGCAAGUCCACAGGAUUUGUGACCACCACCACACUGACCCACGCCAGUCCCUCGGGAGCCUAUGCCAAGACGGCCAAUCGGAUGUGGGAGUGCGACACGGACGUGACUAAAUAUGGUGUGGAUGCCAAGACCUGCAUCGACAUGGCCACCCAACUGGUGACCCAGACGCCUGGAAAGAACUUCGAAGUCAUGUUUGGCGGCGGCAUGGGCAAGUUCCUGCCCAAGGCCAUCAAGGAUAGCCACGGAAAAGCUGGAGAGCGAUCCGAUGGGGUGAACCUGCUGUCCCGCUGGCAAGGACUUCACAACAAGGGCGUCAUGGUCACCAAUCGCAAGCAGUUGCUCAACCUAAACGUCUCUGCUGCGUCCAACAUCAUUGGUCUGUUUCAGUCAAGUUUGAUGGAUUUUCACAUGGACGCGGAUGCCACCUACCAGCCCACACUCUCCGAACUCACCGAGGUGGCCAUCAAGAAGCUGAGCCACAACGACAAAGGAUACUUCGUGUUUAUUGAAGGUGGUUUAAUUGACUAUGGCAACCACUACACCCAAGCGGGCUACGCCUUGGAUGAGACUCUGGAGUUUGAAAAGGCCAUUAAGUUGGCCAGGGACAUCACCAACAUUGAGGACACACUGAUUGUGGUGACUGCAGAUCACGGUCACGCCGUUAGCAUUGCCGGAUAUCCAGGCAGGGGCACUCCCAUCCUGGGCAUCAAUCAGCACGACGCUGAUCUGAAUGGCGUGAAGUACUCGGUGCUCAAUUAUGCGGGUGGACCUAACCAGUAUCUGGAUGAGAAGGGCCAGCGCAUUCCCUUGGACGAUAUCCUGGGACCCGAUGACGCCAUCACGCCCAGCUACAUCCCAAUGGAAAUUGGAGUGCACUCCGGAGAGGAUGUGGGUGUUUGGGCUUCCGGUCCACAGAGUCAUCUUUUCACGGGAGUGAUGCAGCAGAGCACCAUUCCCCAUUUGAUGGCCUACGCAUCAUGUGUUGGCAGUGGGAAGAGGGUGUGCGGUAACUAAACACCGAAAACCUAACACUACAAAAAUUAAUCUAGUUUUCUUUACUUUUUAACAAUGUACUUGACUGUUUGAAAUAGUCAAAUAGCAUAGUCAAAUAGCAUAAGUUGUUAAUUUUUAAAAUUAUUUAUUUGUUACUCGUAGAGUAAAGGGGUAUAUUGUAUUCGUUGAAAAUAAAUAUAUAUAUUAUUAAUCAUGA